AGUAAAAAAGGAUCAGAUAGCAAACUUGGGACCUUCAUAAAGGCGUGGUGGUGAUGCUGGACGAGCGCGGGCAGCCUAUGACAUCAGCCGAGCACGCCUGGGAUGCCGCGGCGACCGGCCAGACUCGGAGGACGCGCAGGGUCCCGCCGGCUGAGACUGGAGUAGCCCCGCACGGCGAGGGGGGAGCCGCCACUUUUCUGGGGACACUGUUUGCAGUCACUUGCUACCACUGUACUCCUACCUGGGGGAGCUCGCGGAGAGUUGGAUGAAUUCUGGGUUGUUAAUUGCGGUCACCUGGGCUCCCAGGAGCCUGUUCCUGGUGGAAAUCAGGGGGCAUCCGGCCAAGGGACCAGCGGCUCGCUGAGACUCAACAUGACACUCCUGGGGUCCGAGCACUCUUUGCUGAUUAGGAGCAAGUUCAGAUCAGUUUUACAGUUACGACUUCAACAGAGAAGGACCCAGGAGCAGCUGGCUAACCAAGGCAUAAUACCACACUAAUCCAAGCCUCAGCAGCCACAUACUUACUGCAAAGCCUUGCCCUGAAAAGCCCACCUGAAUUCCAUGAGCAAAGAAAACGUUUGGAUAGUGACAAGGCUGAAGACACCCUGAAGCGUAAGGUCAGAAACAGGUCCGACCGUGCAGACGUGGUUAAAAUGCACAUACUCCAGGCGUCCACUGCAGAGAGAUCCGUUCCAACUGCUCAGAUGAAACUGAAAAGAGCCCGACUUGCUGAUGAUCUCAAUGAAAAAAUCGCUCUCCGGCCGGGGCCGCUGGAGCUGGUGGAGAAGAACAUACUCCCCGUCGAUUCUGCUGUGAAAGAGGCUAUAAAAGGCAGCCAGGUGAGCUUCUCCAAGUCGGCAGACGCGUUUGCCUUUGAGGAGGACAGCAGCAGCGACGGCCUCUCCCCCGAUCAGACGCGAAGUGAAGACCUCCAGGGCUCAGCAGGCUCCCCUCCGGACACGAAAGCUGUGGAGACCCCUUUGGCAGGUCCUCUGGGCACAAUCCAGGAUCUUACUUCUGGCUCAGAAAACGAGAGGCAUGACUCGGCCCCACAGCCCGGCAACCAGUCAGACACGGGGAAGCAGGGGCUCGGCCCCCUGAGCCCACCCCUCCCUGCGCACGCCGCUGUGAAGUCCAAGUCCUUGAGUGACAGUAAGAACCGCCAUAAAAAGCCCAAGGACCCCAAGCCGAAGGUGAAGAAGCUCAAGUAUCACCAGUACAUCCCCCCGGACCAGAAGGCAGAGAGGUCCCCUCCGCCCAUGGACUCCGCGUACGCGCGGCUGCUCCAGCAGCAGCAGCUGUUCCUGCAGCUCCAGAUCCUCAGCCAGCAGCAGCAGCACCGCUUCAGCCACCCCGGGCUCCACCCGGCUCCGCUCAAAGAACCAAAUGAACAGAUGGUCAGGAAUCCAAACUCUUCUUCAACACCACUGAGCAACACCCCCUUGUCUCCUGCCAAAAACAGUUUUUCUGGACAAACUGGUGUCUCUUCUCUCAAACCGGGCCCACUCCCAUCAAACCUAGAUGAUCUGAAGGUCUCUGAAUUAAGACAACAGCUUCGAAUACGAGGUCUGCCCGUGUCCGGCACCAAGACGGCCCUCAUGGACCGGCUACGGCCCUUCCAGGACUGUUCCGGGAACACGGUGCCCAACUUCGGGGAUAUAACGACUGUCACCUUUCCCGUGACACCCACCAGCGCACCGCCCGGGUACCAGUCCUCCCCGUCCACCAGCGCCUUAUCCAACGGCUUCUACCACUUCGGCAGCACCAGCUCCAGCCCCCCGAUCUCACCUGCCUCGUCCGACCUGUCGGUGGCGGGGUCCCUGCCCGAUACCUUCAACGACGCGUCCCCGUCCUUCGGCCUCCACCCAUCCCCGGUUCACGCGUGUGCCGAGGAAAGCCUCAUGAGCAGCCUGAACGGGGGCUCCAUCCCUCCCGAGCUGGACGGGCUGGACUCCGAGAAGGACAAGAUGCUGGUGGAGAAGCAGAAGGUGAUCAACGAGCUGACCUGGAAACUCCAGCAGGAGCAGCGGCAGGUGGAGGAGCUGAGGAUGCAGCUACAGAAGCAGAAGAGGAGCCACGGCUCCGAGAAGAAGCCGCUGCCUUUCCUGGCCGCCGCCCCCAUCAAGCAGGAGGACGCUGUCUCCAGCUGUCCUUUCGCAUCCCCACCGCUGUCUGUGAAGAGACAGAGCAGCAGCUUGGAGGGCCUGCCGCCGGCCUGCGAAGCCACUCAGCUCCUGCCCCUUGGGAACGCUCCCUGCGCCGAGCCCUCGGGUCAGACCAGCGUCCUGUCGUCCACGUUUCUCAGCCCGCAGUGCUCGCCCCAGCACUCGCCGCUCGGGGCAGUGAAGAGCCCGCAGCACAUCAGUUUGCCCCCGUCACCCAACAACCAUUACUUCCUGCCCUCCUCUUCAGGCGCCCCAGAAGAGCGCAGGGCCUCCUCCCCUGUCAGCGGCCAGCUGUGUCCGGCACAGAACUCGGGGGCACAUGAGGGCCACCCUCCAAGCUUCUCUCCCCAGCCUUCCAGCCUCCACCCCUCCUUCUCUGGAACCCAGCCAGACAGUGGUCAUGGUGCUGGGGGCAACCCUUGCCCCAAAAGCCCGGGCGUCCAGCACAAGAUCGCCGGUUUACAUGCUUCUGAUAAGACAGGGCCAAAGUUUCCACUUCCAUCCCCGACUUUUUCUAAGUCCCCUUCAGCAGUUCCAGACAUAACACAGCCUCCGUCCUAUGAAGAUGCGGUGAAGCAGCAGAUGACUCGGAGUCAGCAGAUGGACGAGCUCCUGGACGUCCUCAUUGAAAGCGGAGAAAUGCCAGCUGAUGCCCGGGAGGACCAUUCCUGUCUCCGGAAAGUCCCCAAGAUACCCGGGUCUUCUCGAAGCUCCACAGCUGCCCUCCCCAAGCCCUCGGCUUCCUUUGAACAAGUGUCUUCGGGGGGCCAGCUCUCCUUCGAUCACUACGGCGCGGACAGUGACGAGCAUCUUGAAGUUUUACUCAAUUCCCAGAGCCCCCUGGGGAAGGUGAGCGACGUGGCCCUCCUGAAAACUGGGGGCGAGGAGCCUCCUUUCGACGGGCUGAUGGACAGCUUCUCUGGGAAGGCUGCGGAGGAGCUCUUCAGCGCACACGAGAUCCUGCCGGGCCCCCUCUCCCCGAUGCAGACUCAGUUCUCACCCUCGUCCGUGGACAGCAGCGGGCUGCCGUUGAGCUUCACGGAGUCCCCUUGGGAGAGCAUGGAGUGGCUGGACCUCACGCCGCCCAGCUCCACCCCGAGCUUCAGCUCCCUCACCGGCGGCCCCAGCAUCUUCAACAUCGAUUUCCUGGAUGUCACAGAUCUCAAUUUGAAUUCCCCCAUGGACCUCCACUUGCAGCAAUGGUAGAAAGCCCGGCAGGACGUGCUCAGAAAGACCAGUAGGAACUCCAUGGGGGGAGUACAAAACCGUGAAUCCUCAUACGGCCCAAAAGGAGGAGGAGGAGGAGGAGGAGGAGCAGGAGAGAUUUAAAAAGAAGCAACGGGGACUUUUGUGACAACCAGCAGGGACACACAGGAGUCUCAUAUACGUAUAAAAUGUAAUGGUUACCAACAGUCGGUAACUGGUCACGAUUUCAGCGAUGCAUUCAAAAAUGUGCUUUUUCAGAUCAAGAGUGCCCCCCACCAAAAAAUCCUUUUCCUGCCUUUUCAAACACCAGUAUUUUUUCUAGCCUGUACUGUUUCUCAGGCAUUACAUCGUAAGCUUUUCUCGUGAAUUUAUUACAAAUACGUGGAGAGAAAAAUGUUAACGCUUUGGGGGACCCAGGGAAGCCAGUUCAUCAAAGGUUAGGGAAGACAGACCCGUGAUGGGGGCCGCCUCUGUCUGUCCGUUACCUGUCUUUCAACAUAGAGGUCAGGCCAGCGUCAGCCAAGUUCUUCAGGCAGAAGAGAGGGACAGGACCAGUCUGUUCCCGGGGAAGUGAAGUGAACUCAGGGUCCCUCAGCCACAAACCUGCCCAUCGGAGUGGCCCCUCUCCCACCCCCAGGACUCUGUGUGGUCACUGUGGACAGCUGACCUACAUUUGGUCGCAAGGACCCACCGAGAAUGUCCCUCUUUCUCAGCCAGGUGCUGAAUCACCGCCGCUGUGUCUGUGAUGAUACGUGUGGAGCAGGCAGGAGCCUUCAAGCAAGAGGGAGAAACCACACCUCCUGCCCUCGGAGGUUCCCAGCACAGCCCCCUGGAGAUGUGCGGACUAGACAGGACCGUGUAGGCAAAUCAGAGGGUCUCUGUAGCCUCGGGAAGCCCACCAGGGACAGUUCAGACAGGACUAGAGAACACGGCUCUGCGUGUCGUGGGACUCAGUGCCAUGGGUUACUACCACGGGAUGGAAAUCCGACUUCUUUCUUUGUUUCCUUGUUGGUAGGCGGGGUGGGGGGCUCCUCCUCAGUUUCUCUUUGUCCCAUUCUACUUUUCUUUCAAGGUACCCGUCCUUUCUUGCUCCUCUUUUGAAAUUUUUCUUUCUGCCCCAACGUUGGGAGAAGAGGACUUCUCAGAUCUUACCAGCUGCCAUACUCCUCAUCAAGCCAUAGUUUAAAAAGCUAAAGACCCAGGUUCUCCUGGAGAACUCUUUCUCCCUGUGCGUAAUUCGCCGCAAAGGAAGUCAAAAGAACGCCCUCGCGAAGAAACUGGUGACUCGGCCCCUCAGUCACAAAGCUCUUUCUACCCUCAUUUGAUUGACAGCCAUCACCGGUUUGGGUUGCUCUGGGGAAAUUGGAAAUAUGGAUGGUGUAAAGAUAAAUCUGAGUUCUGUUUACAAGGAGAGAGUACGUUAGGUCAGGGUUUCUGAAAGAAAACAGAAUUGCACGUUGAAAAGGAUGGAAGAAGGGAAAACCCCGGCCUCGUGCAGUUCCCGCCACCUCUCGCCCUUCCGCUGGGAGCUGAAGAGCUCAGAUUGCAGGACUGUCUCUCUGAGGCUCACUGGCUCCCAUCCCUGUUUUGUAGUGUUGCAUGCUGUAGAAAGUAGCUGUUGCUGUUUUUUUUUUAAUUUAAAUCACCAAGGCACUGUUUUCUUCUUUUGUAAAAAAAAAAAAAAAACGUUCACUGUGCACUUAUGGAGAAAAUAACCAAAAAUGUUGUGAUUUUAGCAGUUCUCAUUUUGGAAAAAAAAAAAAACCAAAGAUUUGAAGUCAUUCCAUUGUUCACUUGUAAACGUGUGUGAACACAGAGUGUUUUUGGUGUCUGCUACUCUGAAAGCUGCCAGAUCUUACUGGGGGGUGGGGAGGGGAGGGGGUAUAGAGAGAGAGAGAUAUAUAUAUAUAUAUAUUAAAACAUGCACACACCACGUGCGUAUGUGUGUAGAGACAUACGUAUGUAUAUGUAUGUGUGCAUGUGGGUGUGUGUGUGUAUGCAUGCGUAUGCAGACACAUACACAUGUGCACAUACAUACACAGAGGGGGCUGUGUGUGUGUCUUAAAGGCAGUGUUGCAGAGUUCUACACCAAAAGCCUUUAAGCCUCAAUCUGCUGUGAAAUGAUCUUGGCCUUUCUCGCUACGACUUCCUGAUUAAUCACCCGGGCUAUACGUUGCCUCUGUGUAUGACUCAUGGCUCCAGCCCGAUGACUCGCAGCCCGCCCGUCGCUCACCAUGACCAAGCUCAUCUUGGCCAUGAGUGUUACGUGCAGAGACAGAACAGCGCCAGCGCCGGCAGCUGCAAAGGGUGACACAGCCUCUCAUGGGAGAACCCCAGAGGAACACGACAGGCCUUUCACAUUCCUUGAUGCGCAUUGUGCUUUAGAAGAUCCACUCGGUGAUUCUGUCACUUGGCUUUAAUGUCCGUCAUCAGAAUCAAAAAUCUGGGAAGGAACAUCGCCGGUCGUUCCUUCGACGACGAAGCGAUGGGGAAGAAAGCCCCCGGGACGCGUUCCUCACGCUCGUGUCUUCCUCGGAUGCUGGCGUUUCCCUAGAGUCUUAACACAGCUCUCUGGUCAGGACGUUGCCCCUGCGCCACGCUGUGCGAUUUUUUUUUAUGUGAUUUUUGCCCCCCCUUGCCUUCCUUUGGAAAACAGCCUCACAGCAAGCAGUCUCUGAGACUCUGGUCUGAGUGUCAGUUAUUCCUCCUCCAGGCCAGAAGGGCUGGACUUGGGUGGGGGGCCUCUGUACCUGUGAGACUGCGCGUCGUCUUUGGGGUGUUUUUAGGCUAUUAGCCAGCACCAGCACACACGCCUCCCAGGGAACGCCCGCCCCAGAGCAGGCUCCUGGAACGGGGCUUUCAGCCUGCACCCGCCACGCACUCUCUCCUCCUGCAUCCGAUGUGAGAUUUGUGAGCAAAAGCUGAGGAUGCUUGGGAGAAGGUGGACGAAGUUGGCUGCCCCUGGUGGAUCAGAUCAUCCAUGUUCAUUUAUCCAUCUCCUAUAGGGGACUUUUUUUUUUGAAGUUCUUUUAAACUCUUGGUUUUGUCUUCUCUCUGGUGACAAAUUGGGCAUGACUAAAAGAUGUACAGAGACUUAUGAGAUGGCCGUGGUCAAGUUUCUUAAUGUUCUUAGAGCCUGAAACUGACCACACGUAGUUGUCUCAAGAGCCCCGCAAGUCCCCCGUGACAAAGCAGACCCGCAGACACUGGCGGCCGCUCCCAGCGGGGGUGCAGUGCGUGGGUUCACCCGAACCCAGUGGAGUCAGAAAGUGCCUUUGCGUGGAUGCUUCCAUUAAGCCAGUGCUCAUCAGCAGCCCUGCUUCUAGCAGUGUUACUGGGAUGACAUGUUCUGUUACAAAUGGAGAGAGGGGAGGGGGAAGGGAGGGAGGGAAGGUUCUAUGUUUGACCAAGACAUUGCAUUAUGAAAAGCAAAUCACAGAAUUUUAGAUAAGACGCCAUGCUUUCUGAUGAAGUGAUUGCACCAGUAAAUGAGGAAGGCGAGAGAGUCUCCACCUGGAUAGUCGAGGGCCUAGGAAGUGGUGGCCUUUGCCAUUCAGAAAUAUUUAUUUCCAAUCUGGAAAAAAAAAUCAAAAACCUACCACCAGCAUUCAGGAUAGUACUUUUCAAAAAAAUAUUUGAACUCCAUCAGCUCUUCCAGAGAGCAGUGCUGGCCAGGCUGAAAGCUGCAUCGUAUUUACCCAUCCAGUGGGUGAUUCCUUGAUGUCUCACCUGUGCAAAGCCCACAGAUGGCCAGAACCACGCUGUCCCUGCAGAUGGUCCAGGAUUUGAGGGGCGGGGGAGUUGCAGGUCCUAUAAGCAGGAACACUGGGGAUCUCCCAGCUUUUUGAGUCAGAAACCCAUUGCCUCUGAAGACAAAAGGGUCUUCGUGUUCCCCUAAGGGAGGGGGAGGGCCCCUUCUUAGCGAAAAGCUGCACCCAUGCUGACAUUUUUUUUUCCUUCUCUCUAUGAUCAAACAAUAGCAAAUUAUCUCUCAGAGAUCUUCCCAUAGCACUGGGAACCUCUGUGAGAGCUCUAGGGUGGUUUUCAUUGCCAGGCAGAAGCCUCUUAAACAUCAAGGAGGGGCAGAGAAAACAUCUUUUGCCCCGCCCCUAAGUUUUGACCUUCACUGCAAGCUCUCCAGACAAAAGGGGCACUUAUGGGGGGAAGAGUGGCAUGUCGGUGGGGAGUCCCCAUCUUUUAGGAGAAGAGGCGCAGGGUUGUGAGGGCAGCUUGGCUCCGUUCAGGGCUCCGCUGCCGUCCUCCCGGGGGAAGCCCACAAGUGCACAGUUUGCUGUCAGCUGUGAGAGAACGCAGAGUGAAAGAGUUUGGGUCCUUGUUCUCCUGUAAAUCAGGUAGGAACCAGCCGGUGGUUCAGGUGCUGAAAGUGCCAAUGCUUUAUUAGAUGGUGUUACUAGACGCACAGAGUGCAGGGCCUGGAACGAGGCAGCCCUUUGGUUCUGAGAGCCGCUCAGUGUGGGUUAAGGAGCUGGGUUUGAUUCUCGGAUCCACAUUUUCAGAGGAGCCCUGGCUAGGUUGAGACUACAUGUGAGGAGAUGGUUUUAAGACAGGAAGAGAUCUGAGAAAGAUUCCUCUUUCACCUUCCAGGGGAAUUGUAACAGGACUCAUUGGGUUCGAUAACAGAGGAAUACAUUCCCUUCUGAUUGUGGGAGUCGGUAGAUUCUAGGGUUCUAGAAUUCUCCGGGUUAAGACAGACUCCUGAACGUCUCAUGGUAAUGUGAGUGUCCUGGAGGCUGUCCUGAUGUUUUCCAAAGGAAGGGGUUCCCUGCGGUUCCUCGCCAGUGCACCUGCAGUGAGGAAGGGGGCAAUGCAUUGCUGGGCUCUUGAAACCCUCCCCUAGUGAAACACCAAGAGGCACUUUGCAAACACAUCAAAAGAGCCAGCGCCGUUCUCUGCAGGGACCCCUUGGGGUGGUCUCCUUCGCUCAGCUGUACAUACUGAAGAGAAAUGGGGGUUACCAGGAAAAGACGAGAAGCAAUGGCUAAAUACCAAAGUUGGCAUGUGUUCUUUUUUAAAUAUAUAUAUAUUUUUAAAUAAAAGGUUUAUUUUAGAAAGA